GCAGGCUAGGCGUGUCCACUCAGCCAACGGACUUCCCCUUCAGACAGAAGACGCUUACUGCCAUGACUCUGAAGUAGGAGUGGCGAUCGGAGUAUAAAUGCUGUGGCUGACGCUUGAGCUUUACAGCCCGGAUAACAAAUCCAAGCUAGGAAACCCACCGCGCCGCUAUCGAAGGCAAAAGCCCUGAACCAGACUGCGCCAAAACAGAUUCCGACAAGCAUCUGAGUUACCAAGACACGACAAUGUCGAUGACCGUGAAAGCCUACUUAUUGGGCAAAGAGGAAUGCCAUAGGGAGAUUCGACGCUUUGCCGUUGACCAGGAUGUGUCUACGAGUUUUGAGUACUUGAGAGGAAAGGUUGUGGAUGUUUUCGGCAAUCUCCGCAAUGGCCCCUUUCAAAUGUUCUACAAAGAUGAGGAUGGAGACAUGAUUGCUUUUUCCUCUGACGAUGAACUCAUGAUGGGACUGUCAGGAGUGAAGGAUGGCACUUUCCGUCUCUUCAUCAAGGAGAGAAAAGAGCACAAGAAAGACAGAGAGUUCCCUGGCCAUGGCUUCCCAGGAUGCGCUUUCCCCCCUCCUCCAGGACCCCCCCAUAUGGGUCCCCCUGGACCCCCCCACAUGCCCCCUGGACCCCCCCAUAUGGGUCCACCUGGACCCCCUCAUGGUGGACCCCCCCAUGGUGGCCCCCAUCACGGCGGUCCUCACGGCGGUCCUCACGGCGGCCCUCAUCACCCUCCCAUGGUGCACCCCGGAGUGACCUGUGAUGGCUGUGAGGGCCCGGUGGCUGGGACCCGCUUUAAGUGCACGGUCUGCCCAGACUACGACCUGUGCUCUUCCUGCCAGGCCAAGGGCCUCCACAAGGAGCACCCCCUGCUGCCCAUCUGGAUGCCCAUGAACAACAUGUUUGAGUGGUUCCCUCGUGGGAAGUGGAUGAGAAAGAUGAGGCACUGCAUGUGGGCUGGUGUUCAGGCUCAGGCUCAGGCUCAAGCCCAGAACCAGAACCAGAACCAGCAGGGUCCAUGUGGAUCCAGACCCUCCUCUAAGCAGGGCCAAGAGGCCGCAGCCGAGGACCCCACUCAGGCAGGUACCUCUACCGCUAACGAGGCCAAUGUGGAAUAUCUGAAGAGUAUUGGAGAGGAAGUUGCGGCCAUGCUUAGCCCCCUGGGUAUCGACGUUGACAUUGACGUGGAACACGAGGGCACACGGACCAAAGUAAACCCCACACCUCCUGCGUCAGGGGGUCCUUCCAGCAACCAGAGCGACUACAGUUCGGGGACCAGUGGGAAACCAGUGGCCCGGGGGACGGGCGGAGAACCAGGUAGCCACAGCAGCGUGAGCAGCACCAGCGAGGGAGCAAAGGCUCAGAAGGACAUAGGCAGCGAUGAGGAGUGGACCCACCUCAGCUCCAAAGAGGUGGACCCGUCGACGGGCGAGCUCCAGUCCAUGCGCCUGGACGAGGAGAUGGAGGAAGGGUCGGAGGAGCCUCAGGCUCUCAGCACCAGCUCCUCUUCCUCCCAGGGCCCCACAGGCCUGCGCGAGGCUGCCCUCUACCCACACCUGCCACAAGAUGCAGACCCGCGGCUGGUGGAGUCGCUGUCCCAGAUGCUCUCCAUGGGAUUCACAGACGACGGCGGCUGGCUGACCAGGCUCCUGACCACCAAGAACUUCGACAUCGGGUCGGCCCUGGACACCAUUCAGUACGCCAAGAGUCCCCAGAAGUGAAGCAUGAGGACAGCGGGGCUCAAAUCAGAAGAGGACCAUGGUUAUAAUAAUCUACUGCCCAGUCAGCACUGACCAUGAGCAUCACUCUAUUAACUAGUCUACCAACUCUGCCUUCCCUUAACGUGUAGCCAUUUUUCCCGUCAUAUUCCUGCCAAUAUGAGCAUCUCAGGCAUAAAAGCAAUCAUUAACUUUGAUACCAAUGGCGUAGCUUUUGCUUUCAGAAACUUUUAAACGAAGAUGUAUUCUUCUUAGACAGAUAUCCUUGACUAUGAGUACUACGUGUUACUAAUAUUAAUGGUGUGAAGGUUAUUCUUAUAAAUUACAUUUAUUGGAAUUUAUACAGUUUUACUCACUGCCAAUACUAAAGAGGAUAUAUUUUACUGUUAUUGGAAGUAAGCAAAUUGGUAGUUAAAGCAUUUAUCAGUACAAAAUGUAUGGCAUUCUUGUUAUUGGUUUGUUCAAGUAAAAACAAAAAUCUGACCCUGUGUUUCUGUUGUCAGUCAAAAUGAAUGGAUUCAAGUCUAUGCUUUGUUUUAUUCAACCUAGGUUAUCAUUGCUGUCCUCUGUUAUUACCAUGACGUUUCUGCCCUGUCUGACCAAAAUAAAAUCCUUCUGCAAAUACUAAA